AUGUAUUCAGAUACGCGGAAGCUUGAAGGCCGCCUCUCCAAUCUUUCCAGGAACAGAUUUAGUGAAAUCCCUCCAGAUGUGUGGCAGUUUGCGCCACUUGAGACCUUGAACCUGUAUCACAACUGCAUCAAGUCCAUUCCCGAAGCCAUUAAAAACCUACAGAUGUUAACAUAUCUCAAUAUCAGCCGAAAUCUCCUGUCUACAUUGCCAAAAUACCUAUUUGAUCUGCCGCUGAAAGUUUUGGUCGUCAGCAAUAAUAAGCUGGUGUCGAUUCCUGAGGAAAUUGGGAAGUUGAAAGACUUAAUGGAAUUGGACAUCAGCUGCAACGAGAUCCAGGUCCUUCCCCAGCAGAUAGGAAAACUGCACUCCUUAAAAGAACUCAACUUAAGGAGGAACAGUCUCCACAUGUUACCCGAUGAAUUAGGGGAGCUUCCUUUGGUCAAGCUGGACUUCUCUUGUAAUAAAGUCACAGAAAUCCCCGUCUGCUUCCGGAAACUGCGGCACUUGCAAGUCAUCGUCCUGGAUAAUAAUCCAAUGCAGAUCCCGCCGGCCCAGAUCUGCUUAAAGGGCAGAGUGCACAUUUUUAAGUUCCUCAGUGUCCAGGCAUGCCUGAGAAUGGAUAAGAAGCCGGAUUCCCUGGAUCUGCCUUCCCUGGGGAGAAGGGCCCCUUCCCAGCCGCUCACCGACAGCAUAGAAGACUUUUACCCCAAUAAAAACCACGGCCCAGACUCUGGAAUUGGAAGCGAUAACGGGGAUAAAAGAUUAUCGACUACGGAACCGUCCGACGAUGACACCGUCAGCCUCCACUCGCAGGUGUCGGAAUCGACAAGGGAGCAGACUCUCCGGAACGACCAUCAGUUGCUAGGGAACAAACCCGAGAUGCACAAAGAUCCUGAUGUGUGUGAUUACCUGGAUCCCAGCUCAGAAGACGUGGCUGCGUGUGACCAAGGAGAGGCCCAGACUGGAUCGUCCGUCUCGUACAUUAAGGAACGUGGAAAGCCAGCUGAGAAGCCGCAGAAGAGGGACCCACGUGAAGACUGGCGUGAGGAGAAGAGCACCCGGAAAGAAAAGGUGCUGGCAGAAGAAGACGAUGAUCUGAAGGAGGUGACCGACCUGCGGAAAAUUGCAGCUCAGCUUUUGCAGCAGGAGCAGAAGAACAGACGGAGGCCCUUAAGCUAUAGAGCUUCCUUCAGUGAAAGGCUUUUCCAGAGGACCAGGGUGGCAGGACGCGCCUCAAGACUUCUGAAUCACUCCACCCCAACAAGCGCAAGAAACCGACCAAAACAGACCGUGGACACAGAAAAAAGCCUUUCUGCAGAUGAAGCAAAUUCUCCGUCUUCCCCCUGCAGCUGGCAGUCUCUGGAAAGCCAGACGGGCCACCCGGACGGCCCCAGCUGGCCAGAUGUGCAGCCGGUAAUCUGGCAGAACGAGGAGAGGCGGCGAAGCAAGCAGAUCAGGAGGGAGUAUUUCAAAUACAAGUCUUCGCGGAAGAACUCCAGUGGAAAUGAAAACGAUGAGCAAGACAGUGAUCAUGCUAAUGUGUCUCCACAGUCUCCCGUGUCAUCCGAGGAUUAUGACCGGGCAGAUGGGAGUCCUCAUGGCCCUUUUGGACUGAAGCCCCGAUCAGCGUUUGGGCGUUCUCGUCAGGACUACAGCACCGUGGACCCUGGAUUUACCAUGAGGAGGAAAAUGGAACACCUGCGGGAAGAAAGGGAACAGAUCAAACAGCUGCGCAGUAACCUGGAGUCGCGGUUGAAGGUCAGCUUGCCCGAGGAUAUCGGAGCCGCUCUCAUGGAUGGGGUGGUUCUCUGCCACCUGGCCAACCACAUCAGGCCACGCUCGGUGGCCAGCAUACACGUCCCAUCACCAGCUGUGCCUAAGCUCAGUAUGGCAAAAUGCCGAAGAAACGUUGAAAAUUUCCUGGAUGCUUGCAAAAAACUGGGCGUGGCACAGGAAAGGCUCUGCUUGCCCCAUCACAUUUUGGAAGAGAGAGGACUGGUCAAAGUUGGACUCACUGUCCAGGCCCUGCUGGAGAUCCCUUCCUCCAGAGCUUCCCAGCUCUCCUGCCUGUAGUGGGGCUCCUGCGGAAGAAGCUGGCGGAGCCACCCCAGGCCUUUCUGCUCCAAGCCAUCCGCCCUCAGGGCUGCCCCUGGGUUGCGUGUUGGGAACCGGGGUGUCAGCUGACAAUUCCCUGGGAGCAUGGAAAAUAUAUAUAUAUAUAUAUCUCCUAUUUUCUUUUUUACCACGAGAGCCAUAAAGAGAUUUCGAGGCCAUCAGAUUCUCUUUCCAGGUAGAGCCUGUCCUGCGUUUGGCUCUCAGCCACCUGUCAAGCCUCCUCCUCCUCCUCCUCCCCUUUUUUUAAUGGACUUUUUGAAAGAAGGGUUUGACUGCAUCCAAAUUCCUCUUCGGUCUGGCAGCACACCUCGAAGGAGGAAACGCAGGCGCUUCGACAAAGGCUUAUGGUGGGGCAGGCUUUUCAGUGGCAUUUUCCUUUCCAGGGAUGUUAUGGAGCGAGGCAGCUCCUAAAAUGGCAUUUGCAUUAGAAGUUUCAACAGGCAUCAAAGUUUCCAUGUAUGCUUGCAAAAUAAACAGAAAUCACUCCAGCGCAGUAGAAAAUCUGGACGAGCAUCACGGAAAACAGUUUGACCAGUUCUGAGAAGAUUUGCAGCCUUCAUUUCUGGCACUUCUUACCGAUGUACCAUUUCCAAUAUUUUAGUUGGGUGUAUGCUGGCGAUGACAGAGUCGUAUACAAUAUAAAGGACAAAUUGUGUGGUUUUUCUUCCCUCCCCCAGUAUUCUAGAUUGGUGCCAAAAUAUUUUUCAGUUGUACUGUAGAUUGUUUACCUGUGAAGUGCCUGUGUAAUAACUCUUUUCCUAGUCUUAAAACAUUUUUGCAGUUUCUUUACGUCUCAAUAGAUGCAAUGCGUAUUUUUAAAUAUUAGGUUUUUUUGUAAGAUUGGUAAUACGUGAAGUUUAAAGGACUAACAUCUGAAUGUUGGAUGUUCUUCAGUUUGCACACUUUGAAUUUAAUAAGUUUGGUUUUUAGAAAAAAAAAUGUAAAUAUGCUUUUAUUUAUCAUAUUUAAUUUGAUAUGUAAUCAUUUUUAAUGUAUUUGUUGGUCAGUGGAUGUUUGAAAAAUUAUUUUCCUCGUCUGGGAUAAAUAAUGACGUGUAGGGUUUUUAAUGGAGAAUCCUACAAAAAGAGUGUUAGUUAAAAACUUUUCAGUAAAACUGCCAAAAAAA